GGCAGAGCAUGAGACAUGAAAAAAGUCCUUGACUUAGGAUAAACACAACUUAGCAAAAAGUCAAAAUAUCCGUGUGUUAUCAACACCAUUCUCAUUCUAAAUCCAAAACACGACACUGUAAGAGCAUCUGAGAAGAAAUUAACUCUACCCUAGCUGAAACCAGGACAGUGGGACAGGAUUUGGAGGUGGUAACACUUCCUUCAUAUUUCAAACAGUGAUACAGUAGCCUUGGAAGGUAUGACUUGGAAGGAUGUGGCAGCAAGGAAACCAGUAACCUCGCUGUAAGUUGAUUGCAAGUGCUAAAUAUGUUAAUGAACAUAUUCUUCAAUGUAAUUAAUAGUAGUGUUGAGUGCAGUAAAAUUGCAUUACUAAAACAGAAGAAUCAGAAACCUCGGCUCAGGUUGUGAGUACAUCUUACGUUACAUUUAUAAACUUAGAGAAUAUGAUAAGAACCACUAUGAAAAUAUUUUGCUUAUUUCCAUUCCUUACCAGCAGAUUUUAUAAAGGAAGAUGUCCUUUUUCCCUAAAAUCUCUUUCCAGCAUGAAGUUGAAGAGUAUCUCACCAAAGUGUUCAGAAAUAACGAGCUUAUUGCUGCUUUAGGUGGACAGGAGGCAGAGAAUAAAUAUCAAUCUCUGUUAAGUCGUCUGUCUCAUCCACCAAGUUUUACAACUGUAAGAGUUAAUACCCACUUGGCCUCAGUGAAACAUGCGAAAAAAUUGCUGUUUGAAGAGAUCCAGAAGCAGUUCAAAGGACUAUGUGUUCCAGUUCUUGAGCACCCAAAACUCCAGGACAUCCUGUUAAUUCCUGUCAUUGGACCCAGGCGAGACUUAAAAAAACAUCCAUCUGAAGUAAUUGUUGGAGCCCAGUGUGGAUAUGCAGUACUUCGAGGAGCACACGUUUAUGUCCCUGGAAUCGUAUCUGCCUCAAGAUUUGUGAAAGCUGGAGAUCUGGUUUCAGUGUAUUCAGAUAUUGAAGGGAAGUGUAAAAGAGGAGCCAAAGAAUUCAAAGGAGUCAAAGUUUUCCUUGGAAAUGGGAUUUCAGAACUGAGUCGCAGUGAAAUCUUCAGUUCAAGCAGCCCACUGAAGGGGCUGGGUGUAAGAAUGAUAGAGCCAGUCUACCUUAGUCCUUCAUUUGACAAUGUGCUCCCUAGUUAUUUGUUUUUACAGAAUUUACCUUCUGUGGUUGUGAGCCACAUUUUAAACCCUCAGCCAGGAGAGAAAAUUUUGGAUAUGUGUGCCGCGCCUGGAGGAAAAGCAACCCAUCUUGCAACAUUAAUGCAUGACCAGGGUGAAGUAAUAGCCAUGGACAAGAUAGCUAACAAGGUCAAAAAAGUCAAGCUGAACGCUGAAUUGCUACAAUUGAAUUGCAUUAAGGCCUUUUGCUAUGAUGGAACAAAGGCUCUUUCAGUUGAGAAACGAGAGGAUGAACAAGAAGGACCUCCAUUCUCACCAGAAUCAUUUGAUCGAAUACUUCUUGAUGCUCCAUGUAGUGGGAUGGGACAGAGACCAAACAUGGCUUAUUCUUCAACUUUAAAGGAAGUGACCUCUUACCAGCCACUACAGCGGAAGCUUUUCACUGUGGCAGUGAAGUUGCUGAAGCCAGGAGGUGUUUUAGUAUACAGUACAUGUACGAUUACACUUUCUGAAAAUGAAGAGCAAGUUGCUUGGGCCCUGAAAAGAUUUCCAUACCUCCAGCUUCAUCCACAGGAACCUCACAUUGGAGGAGAAGGCAUGAAGGGAGCUGGACUGACACUUGAUCAGUUGAAGCUGCUGCAGAGGUUUGAUCCAGCUGCUGUGACAUUGGAAGGAAUGGAUAUUAAUUCUUUGCAAGAUUCCAGAGAAGAUGACCUGAUCUCAUUGGCAAAUAAGGACUGUAUAGGAUUUUUCAUUGCAAAAUUUAUUAAAUCGAAGAGUAAAUAAGGAUCUGGGAAUGCAACCUGAAAAAAUACCUCAGUGAGUCCAAGAACAGUUGAGACGUGAAGUGCGUUUCUUCCUGCUGCAAUGUUACCAAGCCAACGGACUGACGGCAGGGUUGCUAUGGCAGCAGUAAAAUCUGCCAGCUGUUCUGAUGGGAAAGAGCCACAGGUUGCAGCAAGAAAGUCAUGGUUGGGGGAAGGGUAGUAUCAUUUUUAAGUCUUCCUUCGCUUUUGUAUUUACAGCAGGUCAGUGCCUGAAUGACAAGUAUGUUCACUCAUACUGGUGUUGCUUAUCUGGUGCAGCAAGCAUAGGAAGGGGAUGUAAACUACUUUAUGAAAUGAAAACAUAAAUAAAAUAAAUGGGAGCUAUUAUAAUGAAUUUUUGAAAAGGAAGUUUCUAUGGAGGUUUACUGAUAGUUAAUGUUUCAUUAAAUAGUGCUUCACAAAACACUGUAACGUGUUACAAAGAACUGUUUUAUAAAUUGAUACUUAGAACCUCAUUUCUCUUUUAUUUUAAUACAAGCAAGAUUCUCUGUACACAUAGUAUAUACACAAAAUACGAUUAGGCUUUGUAGCAUGUCUUUUAUAGCAGCAUGAAUAUAUUAAACCAUCUCACUCUGGGAAUGUAAAUAAAUAUUGUUUCAACAUCAAACUUCCCAUGCAUAAACUGUAUUGGUUCUGAAAUAGGCUACUGGACUGGCUGACAAGUGACAAUUUUAAAAUCAAACAUUUGCAACAGAAGGGGCUACAGUUGUGAUUAAUAUAUUAAAAGACAGAAAACAAUGCAUAAUACCAUCUGAAAUGUUGCAAAUCACCUUUCAAAGAACUAAGAAUAUUAACUCUUUAUUGGUUAGAAAGCAUCACCAGCUAAAAUCGUGUGAAAAUUGAAAAUGGAGAAGCAUGCUAAUGAGAACUGCCUUAAUACAUUGCUCAAAGAUUUAAUAACCUGAAUUUCUUAAAGAUGUUAGCUGUAUUUGAAAAUUCUGCUUCAGUUCCAGUUUGAACAGGAUUCUCUUUUCUCAGACCUGCUGGAACUGACAAUAGCACUAAAAUUAGAAGGAAAGGUAAGUACAAUUCAAAAACGUAAACUGACAUCUGUGUGUGUUUGUUUCUUUCCUCUCUCUCAUCAAUUUCCAGUUUUAAAAAACAUUAUCUGAAAAAUGUCUGUUUUUUCACACAUAACUAUUUGUUGGAUUAAAAAGAGCAAUAGUUCUUUUAUCAUUUGUCUUUCUGCUGUCAGAAGUGCAUUUGUAUUUGCUUGCAAUCAAAACAAUCUAUAGAUUUGUUUCUCAGUAGUCUGGUUGUUUACUUACAUUUUCUAUAAAUGUUUUGGUACCAUGUUUUCUACUCUUCUAAAAUAAAAAACAAAUGUCUCCUGUUCUGCCAGGGUUGACUAGUAUAUCCUCUGUAAGUCCUAUCUCAGAAGGAUAGGAGGAUGGAAUUCUUGUGUACUACUCUGCUUUUGUUGGUCACUCCUUGCCAUUAAACACAACAUAUCUAAAGAAGAUUUAAAGUAAUUUUGUUUCAUCAGUAGUAGGUGAGAUAUCCUAUGUAGAAUCAUGAAAGCUUGUACUAUAAAUUACAGUCUUUUUAGUCUAAAUAUGGCUAAAAUAAUUACCUGGUAACAAAUUGUUAGUAUGUGUUGAAAUCUUUAACUCAGUGCUAGUAAAAAAGCAUUUUCUUUUUUGCAGAAUAUAUAAAUUUUGUAAACAUUAAUCAGCACACAUAGACUAUAUACUGAAGUUUGUAUAUUUAUAUAAAGUAAGGAACUUUACCUCCAGUUUCAAUAGCAGGAUUUGUGCAAUGCAGAAUUUGAAGGAAUUAAGAUUGCUGAAUUUUUAGUGGAAGAUUUGUUGAGACUUUCCCAGAUUUCUUAAGUUUUGGAUGAUAAACCGGCUUUUCAAGAAGGUGACCUCACUUGAUUUUAUAUGAGAAAUUUCUUGGGGGUGAGGAGUGGGAAGAAAAAGUAGCUAACUUCUAUUUGAUUCCAGUGUAAUUGCAGACCAGACUUCAGCUGAAAAAAAUUACUGAUAGAUGAACUUUAACUAAUAGGUUUGUUUCUGCAAAAGUCAACUGCUAGACUUAAAAGAGUAUUCAGCAUAUUAAAGGGAUAAGCCUCAGCUCUUUCCACGAGGCUGCUUUCCUUGUUGUAGUUGGGGAGAGACUUCGUCAUGCAGUUCAGAACAGAAAGUCAGUUGAGAUGCUCCAAAUCAUACCUUGAAGGAGCCAGCAUCCUUUCUCUGACUACAGGUUUGGCUAAUUUAGAUGACUAAAGUUCGAUGGAUGCCCUUUUUUUUUUUUUCUCCUUUUCCAAUCUUACUGUGACUUUAACUAGAAGUGUAGGAAUGCUUUCUCAUUGACACAUUUCUGAUGUAUAGUGUAUAUAUGUUUUAAAUACAUAAUAGGAUUAGUUUCCUAUAAGAAUCUUUACACACUGAAUAAUUAUACUUCAGUGAUUGGUGCUGAAGCACAGCUGAAUAUAUAUAUAUAUAUGUGCUUAUAUAUACUAUAUGAGAUAUUUAUAUAAUAAAUUUAAAAAGUUAUUGUUCUUGUCAUUGUAAUGAAAGAUUAAUCCUACAAAAUAGAUUAGGCAUGCAAUCAGAUCCUGUCUGUAAGAAAGUCUGAAAAGUAGUUUUCUCUAUCUGCAGAAAGAGUGAUUAGUAAUAGUGCCAAAUCUAAAUAUUCAUCUUGGUCAAUAUAAAGAUACUAAAAUAGGCAGCCUCAUAUAUUAUGAAAUUAUUAUACAGCUUUUUCCUGUUUCAGUGUUAUGGAAUGCACCAUUUUUUGGAUCACAGGAUUUCAUAUGUUUUUUAAGGUAAGGGGAAUAUUUUAGUAAAAAAUAGGCUGGUGAUGGCGAUCAACAAGAAAUUACUUUGGAGUGGGUAGUUUAAAAUAUAAAGAACCUUCUUUUUAUGUUUGAUUGUUCAUGACUAAAAAGUUUAUGAAGAAAUCCAAUUUUGUACUGCAUGAUAGCAUGAUAGAUAAAAGUGGCAAGAAUAAAGUAAGAAAUGAGAACAUGGAUGAGUUAGAAGAACCGGCUUAAUCUCUAUUAUAUCUGAUAUAAAUCUUUUUUGAGUUUGCGUAGGAACACAUUUCUAGGGCGGUAAGUUAUAAAAAGAAACUGUCUAUAAAACUACUGUAAGCUCAUAUGUAACAGUUUGUUAUAUAAAAGUGGGGAAAUAAAUUACAGACAAAUUGCCAAGC